UCCAGCCUCGAGCGUGGAUAGCGACUGAUUGUUUUGGUAUAGACCUCGGCUUUUGCCAACGGUUACAUGUCAGCAUUGUAUUCCAUUGUGGAUUCCUUCAUGGCACGUGCAGAUUGGAGAGACAUGGCUACACUAAGUGCAGUAAAGACAGGAUCCGGAUACAACGAGCUAACAAGUCUACUCCAUGCUACGACAAUCACCAAUGUCCAAGACCUCAGCAGACCCUUAGGUCACAUGCCGUCAAUCGCUUCUGAAUAUUUGAGUAAAGUUCUCGCAGCUGAAAUUUCUCUCACAUCCAAAAUUAAGAACAUGGGCUCACGAACGACCAUGAGGACGAAGACCAAGAGACAGGAUACCGAUCCUGAUUAUCCGUAUACCGAAGAGUCAUCAUAUUCUUCUAUGGUUGCUCAAAUACACGACGAAGCCAAUGAUAAUGUUGAUUAUCUCAGCAGCAUAAUCGGCGACCAAGUUAGUAUUGAGUUGAGUAGCAUGAUUGCAACAAUGUUGCCAGAAGACCAGGAGUAUCUCAGCAGCAUAAUCGGCGACCAAAUUAGUAUUGAGUUGAGUAGCAUGAUUGCAACAAUGUUGCCAGAAGACCAGGACUAUCUCAGCAGCAUAAUCGGCGACCAAGCUAGUAUUGAGUCAAUUAUUUCUGCAAACUUUGCCAACAGCUCAGCUUCUAAGGCGAACAAACAGGUGGUCAACACGAAGGCUUCUGCGAUCGCAAGUCCCACAAGCAAAAAGAACUCGGCUCCGAGCAAGGGAGUUUUAGGCACUGGUGCUCUCGCGAUUUGCUUGAUUGGUGUUAUGGUAUUGCUUUGAGAGUAGUGUAUUGAAUAGGAGUCGGAAUGGUGGGUACAAAGGGGUGGUAGUCGUCAUAGAAGGGUAUUCUUUUUUUGUUUUAGCAUUGUUAUUAAGUGGUAUCGGCGUCUGGAUAGUACCUCAAAUAGGUACACGGUUUGUUGCUUUUAAUCCUGUUACGUGUUUGCUUCCACAUGAUAGAUUGGGGAGUCUGGCUCAUGAUCGAAAACAAUUGAGAUUAUUACUGGCAUCAAUUGUUGCCUGUCCUCGAGUGUGAAGUAUGUCUUUGUGUUGUAUUUUGGCGAGUCAACGGUAAAUCAUUGAGACAAAAGUACUGGUCUCUCGAACGUGGAUCGAAUCUGGUCUCGAAUAGAAAA